GAUCUUCAAAGACGAAAGGCAGUGUUUUCCUCAGCGUUAUUGAUCUAUUGUCCUCUGAACGAUUAGCCAGUUUUUAGUCAGUCUUGUGUCUUUAGUUCCAUUUUAUAUUUGACUAACUAAAUAAUGGAAACUAAUGAUGUUAAAACCUUCCAUCAAUGUGUUGUAUGUGAUGAGAUUUUUCAGCAAAUUGAUGAUUUAGAAAAUCACAAUAAAAUACAUGUUAAAGAAGGGAAAACUGAUAAUGUAGAUGAAUGUUGUCAUGUUGAAGAAGAGAAAACAGAUGAUGUAGAUGGAUAUUGUCAUGUUAAAGAAGAGAAAACUGAUGAUGUAGAUGAAUAUUGUCAUGUUAAAGAAGAGAAAACUGAUGAUGUAGAUGAAUAUUGUCAUGUUAAAGAAGAGAAAACUGAAGAUAUUGAAACUGUUUAUCAGUGUAAUUUAUGUGAUGAAGAAUUUAAAUCUGACAUUGAUUUAGAAAAACACUGUGAAAUACAUGUUGAAGAUGGAUCUGUUUUACAACCUGGACAACCCGAAAAAACUAAAGAAAUACAAAAUAAAACAAGUUCUGAAACAAGUUAUACAUAUUCUAAGAAAUGUUUUAGAUGUGAUGUUUGUAGUAAAUCAAUUUCUACAGAGCGUAAACUAAAGCGUCACAUGGAAACGCAUACUCAUACCAGAGCAAAACCUUAUAAAUGUGAUGUUUGUGGUAAGUCAUUUACCUAUAGAAGUAGUCUACAGAGACACAUGAGAGUUCAUAGUGGACAAAGACCUUAUAAAUGUGAUGUUUGUAGUAAAUCAUUUAGUCAUUUUGGUAAUCUACAGAAACAUAUGAGAAUUCAUACUGGUGAAAAACCUUAUAUAUGUGAUGUUUGUAGUAAAUCUUACCACACUAGAUGUAAUCUCCAGUCACACAUGAGAAUUCAUACCGGUGAAAAACCUUAUAUGUGUGUUGUUUGUAGUAAGUCAUUCAUCCAGAGUAGUGAACUACAGAUACACAUGAGAAUUCAUACUGGUGAAAAACCAUAUAAAUGUGAUGUUUGUAGUAAAUCAUUCACACAAAGUAAUGAUCGAUGGAAACACAUGAAAAUUCAUACCGGCGAGAAACCUUAUAAGUGUGAUGUUUGUCAUAAAUCAUUCACUGCCAGAAAUACUCUACAGUCACACACAAGAAUUCAUACUGGUGACAAACCUUAUAAGUGUGAUGUUUGUAGUAAAUCAUUUGGACAGAGUAGUGAUUUACAGAAACAUGUGAGAAUUCAUACAGGUGAAACACCAUAUAAGUGUGAUGUUUGUCAUAAAUCAUUCACUGCCAGAAAUACUCUACAGUCACACACAAGAAUUCAUACUGGUGAAAGACCUUAUAAGUGUGAUGUUUGUAGUAAAUCAUUUAGACAGACUAGUGAUCUGAAGAAACAUGUGAGAAUUCAUACUGGUGAAAGACCUUAUAAGUGUGAUGUUUGUCAUAAAUCAUUCACUGCAAGAAAUACUCUACAGUCACACACAAGAAUUCAUACUGGUGACAAACCUUAUAAAUGUAAUGUUUGUAGUAAAUCAUUUAGACAGACUAGUGAUUUACAGAAACAUGUGAGAACUCAUACCGGUGAAAGACCUUAUAAAUGUAACGUUUGUAGUAAAUCAUUUACCCAGAGUGGUAGUCUGCAGAAUCAUAUGAGAAUUCAUGCAGGAGAACAACUUUGUAACUGAGUUUUGUGACAAAUGAUUGAAUUAGAGUCGUACUCUACAGAAGCACAAGAACUCGUACUGGAUAAAAAUGUUUUCCCUAAAUCUAACAGAGGGAGAGAGAGAUAUGGGGUUUAACGUCCUCGCGAUGAUCGAGGAAUCUAAUAAGCAUGAUUUUGAUUCCCCGGUUGUACCUGGCUAUGAGUGGGGUUUGCCUGUUCAACCUCGUGGGUUUCCUUCGGGUCCUCUUUUCCUCCCACUCCUAAAGACCCCUACGUGCAAUCAAAUUAUUAAAAUAGAAUUGAACCAUAUGUUAGUCCCGAGUGGACGUUCUCUAUCCCUUGUUCAUUUCCGAAACUUGGGGAUACAUGAAGUCGUAUAAUGAAAGAUGAAGUGGAUCUAUCCAACACGAAUAACUCAUAAUAUUAGAAGAUUGACCAUUUAUU